AUGGAGCCGUUACAAGACGCAGAGAGUAUUUGCGUAGGGGCUGAUCUCUGUGAGGAAGUGUUUAUAUCAGAUGAGCCCGAGGGAGUAUCUGUGGAAGCUGCGACUUUUCUGGAAGUUGUGCCUGUAAAAGAUGAGCCGCUCGGCGUGAGCGCGGCGGCCGCGGCGGCGGGGCUGUACACCGACCACGUCGUGAAAGACGAGUCGCUCGGCGUGAGCGCGGCGGCCGCGGCGGCGGGGCUGUACAUCGACCACGUCGUGAAAGACGAGUCGCUCGGCGUGAGCGCGGCGGCCGCGGCGGCGGGGCUGUACACCGACCACGUCGUGAAAGACGAGUCGCUCGGCGUGAGCGCGGCGGCCGCGGCGGCGGGGCUGUACAUCGACCACGUCGUGAAAGACGAGUCGCUCGGCGUGAGCGCGGCGGCCGCGGCGGCGGGGCUGUACACCGACCACGUCGUGAAAGAUGAGCUCGUGCUCGGCCUCGAGGUAGUGGAGCGGCGCGUGCGCCACGCGCCAACAGAUGAGCCCGAGGGAGUGUCUGUGAAAGCUGCGACUUUUCUGGAUGAUGUGCCUGUAAAAGACGAGUCGCUCGGCGUGAGCGCGGCGGCCGCGGCGGCGGGGCUGUACACCGACCACGUCGUGAAAGAUGAGCUCGUGCUCGGGCCCGAGGUAGUGGAGCGGCGCGUGUGCCACGCGCCAAUAGUCCUUGUCCUUGUUGAGCACAUAUUGCUCACCGGCAUUCGGAGCACAGACCGGGACAGGCCGAGACCAGUUCAUGGAGCUGGUGUAGAGUGUGAACUCGGAAACACCACGGUUCACACUGUUGGGAAUGUUGAAGGAAUUAACCAAGCUUCCAACUUGGCGAGAGACGCGAAGCUGCAGCAUCCAUGUGAGAUUGUCCCCGGGAGACCCUUUCUGACCGAUUGCUGUGGGAGGCUGGAGCGCCUUGUUGAGGAUACGCUGCUCACCGGCACUCGGAGCACAGACCGGGACAGGCCGAGACAAGUUCAUGGAGCUGAUGUAGAGUGGGAACUCGGGAACACCACAGUUGGGAAUGUUGAAGGAAAUAACCAAGCUUCCAAUUUGGAGAGAGACGCGAAGCAUCCAUGUAAGAUUGUCCCCGGUAGACCCUUUCUGACCGAUUGCUGUGGGAGGCUGGUGAGCUAUGCUGAAGACACGCUGCUCACCGGCACUCGGAGCACAGACCGGGACAGGCCGAUACAAGUUCAUGGAGCUGGUGUAGAGUGGGAACUCGGGAACACCACAGUUGGGAAUGUUGAAGGAAAUAACCAAGCUUCCAAUUUGGAGAGAGACGCGAAGCAUCCAUGUAAGAUUGUCCCCGGUAGAUCCUUACUGACCGAUUGCUGUGGGAGGCUGGUGAGCUAUGCUGAAGACACGCUGCUCACCGGCACUCGGAGCACAGACCGGGACAGGCCGAUACAAGUUCAUGGAGCUGGUGUAGAGUGGGAACUCGGGAACACCACAGUUGGGAAUGUUGAAGGAAAUAACCAAGCUUUAGUCCCCGGGACACCUCUUCUGAGGGACUGCUAUGUGAGGCUGGAGCGCCUUGUUGAGGACACGCCGCUCACCGUCACCCGGAGCACAGACCGGGACAGCCCCAGACAAGUCCAUGAAGCUGGUGUAGAACACAGGAAAGUUAAAGGAUACAACCGAGAGAAAACUCCACAGAAGAGACCAAGCAAUCGACCAGAACCUUACCAAUGUGCUCCCUGUAAAUAUGCAACAGCUAGAAAGUCCUCUUUACGAUAUCAUUUUUGGACACAUUCUGAAAGCAAACUUUACCAAUGUGACCAGUGUAGUUUUGCUAGUAAUUACAGAAAUAAUUUAAUAAUCCAUAUUAGAAAACACACUGGUGAAAAGCUUUACAAAUGUGGCCAGUGUAGUUAUGCUAGUGCCCGCAAAUUCGAUUUGAAACGUCAUGUAAGAAAACAUAAAAAUAAGAAACCAUACCAGUGUGACGAGUGUAGUUAUGCUAGUGACCGCAAAUCCGAUUUGCAACGUCAUGUAAGAACACAUACAAAAGAAAAACCUUACCACUGUGACCAGUGUAGUUAUGCUAGUGCCCGCAAAUUUGCAUUGCAACGUCAUGUAAGAACACAUAUAAAAGAGAAACCUUACCACUGUGACCAGUGUAGUUAUGCUAGUGCCCGCAAAUUCGCGUUGCAACGUCAUGUAAGAACACAUAAAAAUAAGAAACCUUACCACUGUGACCAGUGUAGUUAUACUAGUGCCCGCAAAUUAGUGUUGCAACAUCAUGUAAGAACACAUAAAAAUAAGAAACCUUACCACUGUGACCAGUGUAGUUAUGCUAGUGCCUACAAAGGUAAUUUGCACCGUCAUGUUAGAACACAUACUACUGAGAAUCCUUUCCACUGUGACCAGUGUAGUUAUGCUAGCGGCAAUAAACAUAGUUUGGAAACUCAUAUAAGGAAACACACGGGUAAAAAGCUCUACAAAUGCGACCAGUGUAGUUUUGCUAAUGCCCGCAAAAGUAAUAUGAAACGUCAUGUAAGAAUACAUACUAAUGAGAAACUUUAUCACUGUGACCAGUGUAGUUAUGCUAGUGCCAACAAAAGUAAUAUGAAACGUCAUGUAAGAACACAUACUAAUCAGAAAGCUUACCACUGUGACCAGUGUAGUUAUGCUAGCGGCAAUAAACAUAGUUUGGAAACUCAUAUAAGGAAACACACGGGUAAAAAGCUCUACAAAUGCGACCAGUGUAGUUUUGCUAAUGCCCGCAAAAGUCAUUUGCAACGUCAUGUAAGAACACAUACUAAUGAGAAACCUUACCAGUGUGACCAGUGUAGUUAUGCUAGUGCCCACAAAAGUCAUUUUCAAUGUCAUAUAAGAACACAUACUAAUGAGAAUCCUUACCACUGUGACCAGUGUAGUUAUGCUAGCAGCAAUAAACAUAGUCUGGAAACUCAUAUAAGGAAACACACGGGUAUAAAGCUCUACAAAUGCGACCAGUGUAUUUAUGCUAGUGCCGACAAAAGUCAAUUGAAACGUCAUGUAAGAAUACAUACUAAUGAGAAACCUUACCACUGUAACCAUUGUAGUUAUGCUAGUGCCCACAAAUUCGUCUUGCAACGUCAUGUAAGAACACAUACUAAUGAGAAACCUUACCACUUCUAA